GUCGGUCCAACAGCAGCCAGCAUGAGGCAGGCUACACUACACUGAAUAUCUGCCAAUACUGUUGCAUGCAAGCUCUCCUCUCAUCUCCCACUGAGAUGCAGUGACAAAUCAGUGAUCGGCAAAUAUUUCAAGAUCACAAAAUAAUCAACAGAUUUUAGGAAGAACAGGUUGGCGGGAACAGAGAGAACAAAUGGAUUCAAAAAUUUGAAAAAUGGAACUGACACCAGAUUAAGAGGAUUUUUUUGGAAAAUAAAUAUUUAUGUGGAAGCGUACAAUUAAGGGACUGGAAAUAAAUUAUGUCGACAUGCAGAGAAAAUAAGAACUCUUGCCACGCAAGCUGUUGAUACUAAAAGAUGCUAUUGUAUGGUGGACAAGCUGUAAAUGACAAGUAUAAUUGUUUGGUGAUUGAUACAUCCAGGAUUUAUACCCUUUAAUCCUCCACACCUGGCAGUCACCAUGGCAACAGAUUCACCUAGCAACAGCAGUGGCCUUGACCUUUCCAGCAGUGCCAGCAACAAGGAGAUCAAACUGUACUCCAUCGUGCUGUCUACGACCAUGUUGGUGCUCUCCAUACUGUUUGGGGGUGGCGGAUGUAUUACUGUACUGAUUGCCAUAUUUUUUCGACGUUUACAUCGAAAGCUGCGCUAUAUUCUCAUAGGGAUACUCUUGGUUGUGUGCAGUGCAUUCGACUUUAUCUGGUGUCCCAUUGAAAUAGCCAGGCUCCUGCUUCAUCAAAGGAACGCCUUGAGUGGAAAUGAGAUUUCCAUUCAAACUGUCAGUAGUCUGAACUACACCAGCAGUGCAAUGUAUGUUUUAUUACUGUGCGCUCUUGCCACAAUUAUUGUGAUGAUAUGCAUACAAAAUUUAUUGAAAGUUGUCAGGAAAUAUGAUGCCAUUCCAAAGGUCAAGCUUGGUAUUAUUUUGCUUUUGAUAUGGCUGAUCACAUGUAUUGCUUUGACUGUUACAUAUGUUCUUAUAACCAUGGAUGAAAAACUUCAAAGUGAGAGUCUCUCCUCAAGCAAAGCAUUCCAUUUCAAACUGGGAGUUCAGAUAGUUUGGUUUAUCCUCAUGAUAUUGCUGGUAUCUAUCAUGCUAGCCAUACACCUACACACAAAAGUCUGGAGAGAACGCAUGGUUACAGAAAUAUCAAACUUGCAUUCCAAUGAAAACUUCACUGUACCUUCCCUGAUCGUGAAAAGUGUGGAAGAGAUAGAUGAAGAAGACAUAGAGGAAAGUUCAGUAGCACUACCAUCGCCAGACAUUGUGAAGGACUCUCCUGGCAACGGAUCGCCAACCUCGAGGUGCUCAAAGAGUGCCCUGAAGAAGCGCAGUGCGUCACCAUCGUCACAGAAGGUGCUGUUUGCAGAUACACCUAGCCCCACAAGAGACGCACCAAGUCCUAAGUUCGGAGAACGGCUUAAGAAGUCUCAAAACCACCUUGAUGUCAACAUGGCUGCAAUUCUUGGUCGCAGGAGGCAUACAAUAGCACAAAUAACUGACCCACAGCUUGAUCACUUACAGAAAGCUAAAAACUACAAUUAUGUCAGGAAGUUUUCAGUUGAUAUAUCAGCUUUGCAAGCCCAGCUUGAGAAUCCUAAAAUACACAACAGCUUUCCAUUCCAUUCCCAGCAAGAUAUUAAAAACACAGAUAAAGAGAGUACCGAAAGGCCAAUCAGUUUUGGUUCUCAGCAGAAGUGCAACAGAAGAAGCAGGGACGAGAUGUUGACAAGUCAGGAAAUAAAAGAGGAACCGGAAAACGAAUUUGAUCACAAUGAGGAAGAGACUGGACAGAACCCCAGAAGACCUGAAAACUUCCCUGAGCCGUCAGUCCCCUCGGUUCCAUCACCAUGUGCAAGUGUGAGGUCGAUGCUCUCUGCAAGGGAUUCUAUCUGUCCAACACCUCCUAUGAUUAGUCUCACCCCGAUAAAUGGUGAGGAAAAGCACAUAGACAUUAACAGCGUGGAAGAAAAUGACAUUGAGGAUUCCAACCUUUCGAGCCAGUAUGCCGCCGAAAGACUGCAUAAACCUUGCAAGCUUUCCUGUCUUUUAGUGUUAACCUUUGUAUUAAGUAUUUUGCCCAUGUUUAUAACAGAAAUUCUCUGGGAUUUAUGUCUCUCCAAUGCGGCUUAUCUGAACACAGCUACGUGCAUGACAGCAAUAUCCAUGGCCCAGACUAUGAUUUUCCCGCAAGUAAUAUUCUGCGUUGACGCCAGUAUUAAUAAAGCCGUUCACAUUUCCUUUGUCACAGCCCGCCUGUUUAUACUUGGAUUAGUACAUAAGAAAGAACAUGUACCCACUAAUGAUAUUUCAGAUACAGAAGUCUGACUAUAUUUUGGACCUGCUAUUAGGCUACACAUUUUUCAUGGGGAUGAUUAAUUUAGAGCAAUGUUUUUAUUUAACUAUAUAGUAAGGUUGAAAUCUGAUGCAUGGAAAUAUAUUAGCAGACAGUAGCACUUAUAAAAUCUGUUAGUAAUGGCACUUUACUAUGCAUGAUUGGCCUAUCUUCAUUUGUGAUUAUAUAAAAAUUAGCUGCAAAAAUUAUGUGAGCCAAAUUAACAAAAGAUUUUAAUACAUUAUUGUAUUACAGAGCCUGAAAGUAUCCUUAUAACUUUAAUGAAAACACUUGUUCAACUGUUAUUUAAUUUAUUGUACUUCUUUAUGAGUCACUGAAUAUUUGUGAAAUAAGGAUUAAUCCAUUUUAGUGUGUGCAACUCAUUCAAUGUUGUCAUUAUCUUCUUUCUCAGAUUUGGCCAAACUAUUGUUUAUCUCCUAGUACAUCUCACUGGGAACAUUUCAUCCAAGAUAUUAUCACUAUUUUUUUACAUGAUGGAUUGUUAACAUCCUUAGAAAUAGUUUAUUUUAGACUCUGAUAUCUAAUAUAUACUUUUCACAUCAUUACAAGAGCUAACAAUAUGUUGUCUGAGACCCAUUACUGCAGAAUGGUAAUUUGCUCAAUACUAUAGAUUCCUAGCCAUGGCCUACAGCUGACAUUUUAGAUGUAGUACAUCAUUUGACAAAUUUUGUUCACAAGCGCAAACAUAUAUGAUACCAUCAGGUGUUGACACAUUUUUUUUAAUUGAUAAAUUAAAGAAAUUUUUCUUUAACUAAGAAUUCAAAUGUUUAAUAUUCUUUCUUUCAAAACAGACACAUUUUAAUUGUCCAUCUUAAUUUUAAUAAUAAAAUUUAUUAUUUUACUAUUCAAUACAUUUUAAUCAAUUAGAUAUGGUAAGAUGAGAUUUAUAUGGCAAAAAUAGUGAGAUAAUUUGGCUAACACAUUUUGCGGGAGUCACAUUAGGAGGGAGUCGCAUUUGAUGGAAGUCACAUUUGAUGGGAGUCAUAUUUGAUGGGGUCACAUUUGAUGGGAGUCACAUUUGAUGGGAGUCACAUUUGAUGGAAGUCACAUUUGAUGGGAGUAACAUUUGAUGGGAGUCACAUUUUAUGGGCGUCAUAUUUGAUGGGAGUC